AUGGCGGCGCCAGGAGGACAGCAGGGGCAACCCAUCCCAAUCACCAGCCUUUCCCUCGAGCAGCUCUCCAACCUCAAGCAACAGUUUGAAGAGGAGGCGCAAACGCUUGCCGCAUCGCUGCAAAAGCUCAAGACUGCCGGGCAGCGAUUCCUCGACUCCAAGGACUCCCUCGCUGCCCUCACGCCCGAGACCAACGGUCGAGAGGUCUUGGCGCCCCUUACCAGCUCCCUGUACGUGAAGGGCAAGCUGACCAACGUGGAGGCCGUCAUGAUUGACAUUGGCACCGGCUACUACAUUGAACGCACCCCACAGCAGGCGCAGGAGUACGUGGACAGAAAGCUGGGUCUCGUGCAGGAGAAUGCGGAAAAGCUGCAGCAAGCCCUCCUCACCAAGCGCAAGAAUCUGGAGGCCAUUAUUGGCGUCAUGCAGGAGAAGAUGGCCCAGCAGCCGCAGUAG